AUGGAAAUGGACAUGAAUUUGGCAGGGAACCCGGAAAUGGGACUGUCAUUUGAUCCGUCCUUCUUUGAUUCUUCAAUACUCUCCACCAUAAAUUGGCUCCCGAAUGAGCUCUUCACACCUAGUGAUCAAAGACAGACCCCCAGCAUUGUGUCGCAGCAAUACUCUCAGACAGCAACGGCAGAUGGAUAUACAUCUCGCAUGGCUUGGCAGCCGCCGGUUAUCAGCACAAGGCAGAUGAGUCCUCCGCUCUACGAAAGUACCUCACAAACAUCGUCCGGACAUAUAUCUCUUGCAACAGAUAUGGGAAGCCCUCGGAAUCACUCGCAUGUUGCUAGCGAGCUCUCCCCUAAUGCCGAAUCGGUCGAUUCCGCGAAACGUUCCACUGAUUACUAUGUUGAUGGUGGUGGAGCCCGUCUCCCUAAGUAUCGCAAGAAGCAAGCACCUUGGUCUAGUUCGUUAGCCGAAGCAACCAGUAUCGAAAACUCAAAACCUCUCUUCGUCACACAACAGAGCUUCGGAUUUCCAGGAGUACAAGACAUUCUUAUGGAUAUAUCGGAUGUGUUGACGCCAAUUGAAGCAGCCACCUAUGACAAAAUACACGACAAUUUCCUUCUUCUCUGCUGCAAUAAUAAUCCCUUCUUCGAAAAUUUUGACUCCGAGAACUUUCCAGGCUUGGAUGAGUGCACUCGAUAUAUUGCUUGCUUUUUCGAUUCAUUCCAAACCGUUUACCCUAUGCUUCAUUUUCCUACCUUUAACCCAAACAAGUGCCACUGGCUUUUGACUUUGGCAGUCGUGGCGAUCGGUUGUCAUUUUUCAAAUUCUCGCGAAAUGGACCGAUGCGCCGUUGCAUUUCAUGAAAUGAUACGCCGAGCAUUUUGCGUUGAGAGGAAGAAAUUUAAGUCCAGCCAGUACUCCCUUGACUUGAUACAAGCAAUGCUACUCAAUUGUAUUGGACUUCUUCACAGUGGUAAUGAGGAGGACAAACUCACUGCUCUGAGCACAUUUAGCGAUCUGGUGGCAUUGCUAGAGCAAGAGCAACUUCUGAAAGCAACCCCGACACAAGCGACAAGUUUGAAUGGUAAAUCAGAUGGUUCUAUGUGGCGGAAGUGGAUCCAAAAUGAGAUCAAAAACCGAACUGGGUAUUGUAUCUGGCUUUUGGACAGUACUUUGGCGUACUACUUUGAAAUGCGGCCACAUUUGUCUCUGGAUGAUGGACAGGCCGCUUUACCUGUACAUGACAAGAUGUGGCAAGCAGAUUCUGCGGAGACUUGGAAGCAGCAAUGGCUAGACUCGACAGCGAAUGAGUCUCUCUUCGAUGCUGUGCAUAUCCUGUACAUCGAAAAGCGACUCAUCUCCGGAAUCGGCGAGUUUAGCCACAUCCUCCUCAUCCACGCCCUCUACCACCGAAUGUGGGAAGUUGGCGAUUACUUCCGUCGGCCGCUUUCUUUCUGGAACCCUACUGCCAAAAAGCAGUCUCGCGAGACCGCAAUCCCUACCGGUUCUGUAUGGCUUCCGGGGAUCCCUUCCUACUCAAAAUGGCGCAAUAGUGCAUGUGACUGUUUAGAUAUUUUGCAUUGGACGGCCAACAGCACCAUUGCCAAGGCAGCUGGACUUGAGCAUCCCACUGUCUUACAUCUUCAUGCCUCGCGCCUUGUGCUCCUGGCGCCGUUCCGUGAAAUUCGAUCUCUUGCGACAUCCCUUGCCACCGAGAAGCUACGGUGGAGUAAGAGACACCAAGUACUCGAAUGGCAAUACAUCUGGCGCUGGGUCAAACAUGACCAAUAUAAGGCUCGCCUGUCGAUUGUCCAUGCUGGUGUGACGCUCUGGCACGUUCGACGAUACUCAACAAAUGCAUUUCACGAGCCAGUCGCGGCUUUUCUUGCCGUGCUAACUCUAUGGGCAUAUGGUACUUGUCACACGAAUGGGUCUCAAGAAUCCAGCCCGCAUUCCCAAGCACCUCGAGCAGAACCAUUACAGGAACCGAGUUUUAUUCACCUAGACCGGCCGUGUGAUGAUGAAUUGGUGCAGCUAUUUGUUCGUGAAGGUCAUGUUAUGAGAGGAAAUGUCACUGGCGUUGGAGAUAUAUGUGCACCUGAAGGUCCAGAGCGAAUCUUGCGAGUUGGUUGCGAGACUCUCUCACGUCUUACAGCGUGGGGUCUGUCAAAGGAAUUCAUCAGGGUUUUGACGUGCUUGGCGGAUAUCAUGAUGCAACAUCGAGGCUCUGAGCACGGCACUGCAACUGUUGAAGGUCAUUGA